AUGUCGCUCUCGCCUGCGGUCGCACAUCACUCCACCACCGGCCCGGCCACCUCCGCCGCUGCGGGUGCAGGCAAGAAAGCAGCGCAGGUACAGCUGCAGGCGGAUCUCAACAAUGACGACGACUGGAACAAGUUCCUACAAAGAGAUGGUCUACUAGUGGUCGACGUGUACUCGGAGUGGUGCGGCCCCUGCCUGGGAAUGGUGGGCAAUCUCAAGAAGAUCAAGGUCGAGCUCGGCGGAGACAACCUCCACCUUGCUGUCGCGAAGUCAGACACCAUCGAGUGCCUGAAGAGGUUCCGACAUCGCAGCGAGCCCACCUGGCUCUUCAUUGCGGGCGGGCAGCUGCUUAAUGUGGUGUUCGGUGCGGACGCGCCGCGGCUGGCGCGCACCAUCGAACAGGAGCUGCACAACGAAGAGCUCGCCCGCCGCGGGGAGCUGGAGCGCCCGCGCAGGGCCCCGCACGAGCUCACGCCGCCGGAACAGGAGGCGGCGGAUCUGCAGGCGAAGCAGCUGGCGGAGCGGCGACAGCGUGAGGCUGCGGCACGCGAGGCGGCGCAUGCGGCGCGGCGGGAGGCGCGGGCGACGCGGCUGGAGCGACACUUCUCAGACCUUUGCGCAGCGCUGCUCAUGCCGCACGCACAAAAACAUCUCAGGAAGGUGGCGGAGGCACUCGAGCCGUUCGGCAUAGCGGUGGCGGACAAGUGCCCGCUGGUGCUCGGCCAACAGGGCGCGCGAGCUCUGGCGGCCGAAGCGGAGGAGAUGGGCUCCGCGGGCGCCGCCGCCGUGCUGGCGGAGCGACCCGCACUCGCGCUGUUACUCAAGAAGCUGCCCGACAAGGAGGGCGACGUCAUCGAACUGACGCGUCGCGCUCUUUACGGGGAGGGCUCGGACCUAGAAGAGGGAGCGCAAAAAAAAUUCCUGGCGCAGGAGUUGUGCGCGGACGACUUACCCGGAUUGUACGCGCCCAAAGACCGACAUCGGCGCGCGGCCCUCCUCGACCUGCUCUUUCCCAAGAUGGUGGGCGCGGUGGUGGAGCCCCCGGUGAGCGCGGAGCCCCCGCACGUGGCGUUGGUGUUCGGUGCGUGGCAGCGGCGUGCGGUGCUGGCCGCCGCCGACCGCAGCGCCCCGCUCCUGCUGCGCUACGGCUUCUUCGCCGACGCCAAUGUACAGGAGCCGAAGCUGCUCUGCAAGACUAUAGAACAUUACGAGGAGCGGGCCGAGAAGGACUAG